AUGGCGGCCCCCCGUCACAAAUCACAACAGAAAAAUAUAUCCUCAAUAUUCUCAAAGUUGCACGGAGCUUUUUCUGAUGCCGUGUGCCCAACAAAGCUCGCAACCGACAAAAGAACCCUCGACAAGACUUGGAAAUUGAUGGAUAAAGUUGUGAAACUAUGUCAACAUCACAAAAUGAACUUGAAAAACAGUCCGCCGUUUAUUCUUGAUAUUUUGCCGGAUACAUAUCAGCGGUUGCGCAUUAUUUACUCGAAAUACGAGGAUAAUAUGCAGGAGUUGAAUAAUAACGAACAUUUCAAUAUGUUUAUUAUAAACUUAAUAAGAAAGUGUAAGCAAGCUAUUAAGUUGUUCAAAGAAGGUAAAGAGAAAAUGUUUGAUGAAAAUUCGCAUUAUAGACGAAAUUUGACGAAGCUUAGUCUCGUGUUUAGUCAUAUGCUCAGUGAACUAAAGGCGAUGUUCCCGAAUGGAACAUUUGCGGGUGAUCAGUUUCGCAUAACGAAGAGUGAUGCCGCCGAGUUUUGGAGAACGAAUUUCGGUAACAGGUAA